CCUUCCCGGACAACGGCUCGCCGGUCCCCUCUGUGCCGUUCCCGAGCAUCCACAACCCCCUCCCCUACACGCCCCCCCCCUACCAUGCGCCCGCCGCCUACUACCGCCACGCCCCGCCGUACUAUCCCCCGCCCCCCGCCCCGUACCCCUCCUAUGCGCCGAUACCCAUGGGCGGCGCAGGGCCUGGACCCGCGACGAUGCAGAACGGCUACGGCGGCUACGGCGAGUACGGCGUGUACUAUGGCUACGCGGGCUAUCCAGACUACCAGCCACCCCACGCUGGCUACCCGCCUGCAGACGGCGACGACUACAGCGACCCCGCAAAGACCCCGAGCUCGGCACACGCCGUGCCCCAGCCGCCCGCCAUCGUCGCGCCAAACCACACCCCCCACGGCAUGCCCCAGCAGUUCCCGUCCUAUCCCCCGAAUCACCCGUAUGCCUUUGGCGGCGGUGUGGGCUAUCCCCAGGGGUACACCCGGCCGCCGCAGCAUAUGCACCAGCACCAGCAUCAUCCGCAACCGCACUUUCACCCGCAACAUCAGCAACAUCUCCAGCAGGGGCCGUAUGGAGGGUAUGGCUACCAGGAGGGGUAUCAUGGGGGGAAAUUAAAUCCUGCAGCGCAGGGGUUCAAGUAUAAUCGGUUCCAGCAGCAGCAGCAGCAACAGCAACAGCAGCAACAGCAACAGCAACAGCAGCAUCAACAGCAACAGCAACAGCAGCAACAACAGCAACAGCAGCAUCAACAGCAACAGCAGCAACAGCAGCAGCAACAGCAGCAACAACAACAGUUACAGCAAGCACACGCCCACGCACACGCACAAGCCCAAGCCCAAGCCCAAUCCCAAGGACCGCCACGACAACCUGUACAUUCUCAACAACCCCCUCCUGCACCUGCGCCUAUCGCUCCUAGUCAAAAUCAACCAUCCGAACCAUUACAACCGCCGAUCCCCAACGGUCACUCCCACCCCGAACCUCCUACUCCCUCAACACCCACAGCCACCACAAAAGAGCGAGAAGCACAGUCUGCCGCACAGCAAGAGCCUGUUCCUGCAUCUGCAGCUGUCGAGCAGGAAAAAGAGACUGCAAAGGAUGAAGAAACUUGCCCCGACGCGUCCUCGGCGAUCGCCGCACCUCGAUGGAACUUUAUCCAUCCGUCAUCUCUCCCAUCAUCGUCAUCCACCGGUAUUGCCACUUUACAUUUGGAAAUGAACAAACAUGCCCAUCCGCAGAGAAUAAGGCUGGUGCGGGCUCGUCCGGGAGAGGAGAGUGAUGGGAAUAGUUUUGCGAUAGAGGUGAAGACUGGUUUGCCAGAGGAGAUUGUCGUUGAUGAGCAAUCGCCAUCUCAGUCGCAAGAAAAGGGAACAGGACGAGGAAAAGGUGGGAAGAAGAAGACGAAGGAAACGGGCAGAGGAGUGUGGAAGACGGGCGAGAAGAGGAGGGUAGAGUUGGUGUUUGGCGAAAUUGUCCCGGAGCAGGAGAAGGAAAAGGAGGACAAGGCAGAGUGGGUGGGUGAAAAGCCAGUGGUCGAUGAAAAGGAGGAGGAAAAAGUGGAGAAGAAGGAAAGGUCUACACCAGCGCGCGCACCAGCACCCGCACCCUCGCCCGCCAAACCUCGUUCAUGGGCCGCCCUCCUCAAAACCCCUACUCCUUCUUCCCCCUCCACCCCCGGCGCAGUCCCCAGUUCUUCCGCCCGCGUCACUUCCACCACCGAGGCUGGGCCUUCCCGUCCACGACCAUCCACCUCUGCCUCCCCUUCCACCCCAAACCUUACCGCCAACGUCAAUGGUCUGCAACUUUCACCGCCAACCCAAGGACAACAACAACAACAAGCCAAAACGUUCAACUAUGCUGCGGCUGCAAUGUCGUCCGUGCCUUCCCCACAUGAAGAGUUGAUCAAGCUUUUGAGCGAGGGCGUGAGUUCUCUCCGGGGAUCGGGGACGACAGUAGGGUUGAGUGUAAAGGAGAAGGAAGCGUUGAUGGUGCCGAGGGGUUUGAUCAAUACCGGUAACAUGUGUUUUGCCAACACUAUCCUUCAAGUAUUGGUUUACUGUCCGCCGUUUACAGAGUUGUUUGAGGAAUUUGGAAAGAGGCUGAAAGCUGAUUUGGCGAGGAAGACUCCGUUAUUAGAGGCGAUGAUCAUCUUUUUGCGAGAGUUUGUCUCAUCACCCGAAUCAUCAACAUCAACAACGUCAACACCCAAGGGGAAAGGAAAGGACAAGGAUUCGAGGAAAGAGGCGUUUAUCCCGGAGAAUGUGUAUGAUGCUAUGAAGGAGAAUAAGAGGUUUGACUCUAUGCGCAGAGGUUACCAAGAAGAUGCUGAAGAGUAUCUCGGAUUCUUCCUCAACACUUUACACGAAGAAAUCAUCUACCUCCUCUCACAAACAUCCACCACUUCUUCAUCUAUGCCCAACGGUCAACCCAGCGACUCUUCUAGUCGACAAGUCGAACGGCCCGUUUCCCCCCGCGCCGGCGCCGGCAUCAACGGCAACGCCGACUCAUCCUCUGGCUGGCUCGAAGUCGGCAAGAAACAAAAGACGCACGUCGUGCGCGCUACCGAAUCCCGCGAGUCGGCCGUCUCACGUUUAUUCGGCGGUAAACUCCGUUCCAUCCUCCAUACCCCCGGUCAAAAAGAUAGCGUCACCAUCGAACCUUACCAACCGCUCCAACUCGACAUUACCGGCCCUGCCAUCUUGUCCAUCACCGACGCCCUCCGUGCGAUCUCCACACCUGAGAUUAUACAUGGAGUAUAUUCGGCGGCUAAAGGUGGGGAAGUGGAUGCGACCAAGACGGUGUAUGUGGAGACUUGGCCAAAGGUUUUGAUUUGUCAUUUGAAGAGGUUUGUGUAUGAUACAGAGGAAGGUGGUGUGGUGAAGAGGAGUAAGGCGGUGGCGUAUGGUGUAGACUUGGCGAUCCCUAACGAAAUAAUAUCCCCCGCAAGGCGGACAUCGACCUCUAUAAAAUACGCCCUCUUCGGUGUAGUCUACCACCACGGUUCUUCAGCUUCAGGAGGACAUUACACCGUUUCCGUUGCUCGUCCCUCUUCUUCUUCUUCCAGCUCCACAUCGUCCACCUCUAUUCAAAGCCCCGCGGGAACAUCAUCGUCAUUACCACCACCACCAUCAUCAACGACAAUAGCAUCCAGGUGGCUCCACUUUGAUGACGAAAAUGUACGUGAAGUGCGAGAAGAAGAUGUGGUUGUCUCCCUGGACCAAGCCAAGGGUGGGGAAACCGGGUCGGUCGGUGGGAGGGAGAGGUGUGCGUACUUGCUGUUCUAUAAGAGGGUGCAGUAAGAAGCAUAGAGAAAAGAAAAAAAAAAAAGCGCGUAUGCGCCGGGUUUUAGAACAGGGGACGUUUGAUCUUGUAGAGCGGGUUGGGAGGUGUCGUGAGUAAAAUUGAUAGACGUUGGGUGCUAGGAAGGGCAGGGGUAGGCUUGAGAAGCGAUCGGUACGCGGAAGGAAGGGGAGGAGCCAAAGAAGGAGGUAGAGGCGAGAUGGGGAAAAGAAAAAAAGAGAAGAAAGAGCCUGUUGGGGCUGAAGGAGUACUUUAGCUAGCGUCGAUGUGACUUUGGGGCUUUUUUUGGUGCAUAUAGUUUGAAAUGAACGGGUUUGGGAUGAGCAAUGUGUAUAUUAUCCAGUUGGGGGGGUUGAGUAAUAGCAUAUUUAUAUGAAUGGGAAGUUUAAUCGCG